UUCAGAAAUACCUCCUCUCGCUGAAAAGAAAAGAGAGAGCGGAGAAGGGAACCGGAGAGAGAGGGGAGGGAAAGGAGCUGGAGAGCAAUGGCGUGAGCUAGGGUUUCGAAUUCGGUCCUCUACCCCUCUAUUUAUUGGAUCUGCGAGGGCGAGAGGGAGGGAGAGAUGGGGCUCUGCCAUGGAAAACCCGCGGUUCCCGAGAGCCAGAGUUCCCCAUCUUCGACUCCAGCUCCCAAGGAGGAGGAAGCGAAGCCGGAGGAGGCGGAGGAGCGGAUGAAGGAGGACGAAGUGGCGGUGCCGCAGCCGGCUGCGGAGGAGAAGAAUAGCAAGCCGUGGAUGUCUCCCUUCUUCCCAUUUUAUAGCCCCAGCCCCGCACAUAGUCUGUUUUCCAAGAAGUCGCCCGCCGCCGCCUCCGGCGGGGGGUCGGCGACGGCCACGCCCAAGAAGUUCUUCCGGCGGCCGUUCCCGCCGCCGUCGCCGGCGAAGCACAUCCGAGCGGUGUUGGCACGGCGGCACGGGUCGGUGAAGCCGAAUGAGACGGCCAUCCCGGAGGAGGAUGGGGAGGCGGGGCGGGCGGUGACGGGGCUGGAUAAGAACUUUGGGUUCGAGAAGGGGUUCGCGAGCAAGUACGAGAUCGGCGAGGAGAUAGGGCGGGGCCACUUCGGGUAUACGUGCUGCGCCCGGUCCAAGAAGGGGGAGCUCAAAGGCCAGCAGGUGGCUGUUAAGGUCAUCCCCAAGGCUAAGAUGACCACAGCCAUAGCUAUAGAGGAUGUCAGGAGAGAAGUGAAGAUUUUAAGAUCUUUGACGGGACAUACCAACCUAGUCCAAUUUUAUGAUGCCUAUGAAGAUAAUGAAAACGUGUAUAUAAUAAUGGAGUUAUGUGAAGGAGGGGAGCUUUUAGAUAGGAUUCUUUCAAGAGGUGGAAAAUACUCAGAAGAUGAUGCGAAGGCUGUCAUGGUACAGAUUUUAAAUGUUGUUGCAUUUUGCCAUCUCCAAGGAGUUGUUCAUCGGGAUCUCAAACCUGAGAAUUUCCUUUUUACUUCCAAGGAUGAGAAUUCCCAGUUGAAGGCUAUCGAUUUCGGGUUAUCAGAUUUUGUGAAGCCAGAUGAAAGGCUUAAUGACAUUGUAGGAAGUGCAUACUAUGUUGCACCUGAAGUUCUGCAUAGGUCAUAUAGCACAGAGGCUGAUGUGUGGAGUAUUGGUGUGAUUGCAUAUAUUCUCCUCUGUGGCAGUCGUCCAUUUUGGGCGCGUACCGAGUCUGGUAUUUUUCGGGCUGUGUUAAAAGCUGACCCUUGUUUUAGUGAGCCACCUUGGCCUUCUCUGUCUCCUGAAGCAAAAGAUUUUGUUAGGCGCUUGUUAAGUAAGGAUCCACGAAGAAGGAUGACUGCUGCACAGGCAUUAAGUCAUCCAUGGAUUAGAAAUUACAACAAUGUAAAACCACCACUUGAUAUUCUUAUAUUCCGACUUAUUAAAGCCUACAUGCGUUCAUCAUCGCUACGUAAAGCUGCUCUAAGGGCUCUGUCCAAGACACUGACCGUGGAUGAACUUUUUUAUCUGAAGGGGCAGUUUGCCCUUUUGGAACCAAAUAAAAAUGGGUGCAUAACUCUGGAAAAUAUCAAGAUGGCGCUGAUGAAAAAAGCAACUGAUGCAAUGAAGGAAUCCCGUGUACAAGAUCUUCUGGUCUCACUUAGUGCUCUUCAGUACAGAAGAAUGGAUUUCGAUGAGUUCUGUGCGGCUACAUUAAGUGUCCAUCAGCUUGAAGGUCUGGAUAGAUGGGAGCAACAUGCUCGAUGCGCUUAUGAGCUUUUUGAGAAGGAUGGAAACAGAGCAAUUGUAAUUGAGGAACUUGCUUCGGAACUGGGGCUAAGCCCUUCUGUACCUGUUCAUGCAGUUCUCCAUGAUUGGAUUAGGCACACUGAUGGGAAAUUGAGCUUCCUUGGAUUUGUUAAGUUGUUGCAUGGUGUAUCAAGCAGACCUCUUGCAAAGGCACGCUAGUUUACUAAGCCUGGAUUGCUGCCCAGGAUUAAAUAGCCUGCUAUUGCCUGGUGAUGGAUAGAUGAAUAGCUGUUUUUUCACACAUUCGUUUUAGGGCCCAGAAAACAAACUGCUUUGGCAGAUGAUGCCUCUGGAGCUUGUGUAUCAGAAAAAAAAAAAAAGCGACUUUCAGCAGUUUGUCAUGGCAUGAAAGGUCUGCGACUUGUUGAAGCCUGAAAGUUUCAUGCAUAUAGGAAGGGGGCAUAAGAUUUUCCCAUGUCCUGUAUUUGUAUUAUUUUGUUCAUGUUUCUAGUACUACCAGAUUAAUUGCUGUGGUUGUAGAUGCUAAAAUUUAGUUGGGACUACGGUGCUUGUCUAACUGAAGUUGUAUCUUGGACAAUUUUUAUCGUGUGGUCUCUGCCAUUUCAUUAGGGAAGAGAAAGGGAAAAAGGAAGUAAAACUACUCUGUACUACUGAAUGCAUUGGGUGAUGUCAAAUCAAAUUUAAAAUGGUGUGUUUCUGUGUUCUUU